AUCCGGGUGACAUUUGACAGCCUUGACAUGGUUCAGAGGACAUGUUUGGAUUUGACUGACUAGUCUACUACGUGCAUAAAUGAUUGGUAGCUUGACACCAGUUUACCAAGGCAACUGAAGAUCUUUGCAAGGGCUUCUAGCGCAGGACCAUCUACACAUGGAUGUUGUGCUGCAAUUUCGUGUUUGGAGGUGCAUUUUGGAUGUUGCUAAUUGUUCAGUAUCUGGUAUCUGCUAACGCACAACAGUUCAUGACAGCUAGGGCUGUGAGACUGAUGGUGAGAACGCCGUACAAUCAGAACUUUUUUUAUUCUCAUGUUUUGUGGCUUGCUGAAAUAGUAGACAACCGUUACUUUGUAGUUGUUUUUUGCUAAUAGUGGUCUGAAUCAGAUGAAUCUUGCAGAUUGAUGACAUCCAGAACAUAUAAGGUAAAAUGUGAUUAUGUCAGUAAAGCUAUCAUGUUUCUUACUUGUAGAGUUAUACAUGGCGUAUGCUUUUGGCAUUUUCCUUGUCUUCUUUUGCUAUUACACAUACAAGUGACCAAGUGGCGGUUGAGUGAUGAAAACGAAGAUGUAUCUUGCAAAUAAUGGUAUGGAGGCUAUUAUGUACUCUAAUGGCGCAGUGAUUGUUUUGAAGCUGAAGAGCAAUGGUGUAAAUUUCCAAAUAGAGUUGCCAGUUAUUGUGUAGCCUGCAAUGAAAUUGCAGUGUAGUGGGUCCUGUAAAGCAUUUUGGGAAAUGGAGAUACCUCUUUUUGUCUCUCUUCAUGUCUCAUUGUCUGGUUCUGGAAUGUAAGUGCAGUUACCACUAUUUAUAUAUUAUGAUUGUUAAUUAAAUGUUUGUUACCUUUAUGAGGAUGUUACAAAGGUACUGAAUUAGACUAUGAAGUAGUGAGAUUACAUGCCUUAGAGGCUAGAUUCAUUUGACAUAUAGGCUGUGCUGUGUUUUGCAUAUCAUUCUGUCCUUCAUGUGCUACAACUGACCUGCCAUUUCAUGGUAUUGUUGUUUUGAAUUAGUUUACACCGAAGCCAGAGCAGAGGCUCAGAAGCUAAGAGUCCGACUGUUGUACAAAUUUGCAACUGUUGUGGAUCUGUAUUGCUCAUGCAGUCACCGACAAGAAGGACAGCACUCUACAGUCCGGAAACAUUUGGAAUAUUUCUUUCUCUUUAACCAUGUUCAUAGACAGCAGUUGGUUUCGGAAGUGGUCAAUGGCAGAAUCUUCCGCUUCAUUGCAACGUGAUUUUCUGCUUGAAAUUUGCUGUGUGGAUAGAACAGACGUUAGUCAGGGAGUCCUGCAAUUGCCUGUUCUUUCAUUACAUUUUUAACUUGCGCAUUGGCAAUUCCUGAUUCUGGCUACUAGGUGGAAACGAGUGGAACAGAAACGAAGCCCAACUCCAAUUACGACAAGGGGGGUUGUGUCUACAGAACUUGUAAUGUCUAGAAACGAGAUGGUCCUUAGUAACGCUGCUGUGGUGUUAGCAGGUGCAACUAUGAAAUGCUUUUACUGUUUGUGUGGCUACCUACAAAGGCGGCAGGAAGAGCGGCUUUGUGUACGUUUUGUUUUCUGUGUAUGUUUGGAAUUGACUACUGGUCUAUCAAAGCUGUUGAUGAUGACUAUGUAAGGUGAAUUGCAGUCUAGGAGGUCAUGCAUCCUCAACUGGCGGUGACCUGCCGUUCACAGCUGUACAAUCCACCCACCCGUUCGAGAGCUAGCCAAUGAGGAGACGGCAUUGAUUGAUGGUCUAUUUAGCAGCUCGUAUCGUGACUUCAACUUCAGUUUGUUGGGUUGCCGUUGUCUGUACCUUCAGUACGAAAUGAUGGUGAUAACUAAUCAGCUUGUUUUUGUGCUGCUGUUACAGCAUAGUGUCAGCCUAGGAUGUGAACAUUUGUGUCAAGGUAACGAUGCAAAAGAUCACCUGAAGAAGAUGGCUAGUCAGAAAAAGGAAGUGUGGAUGUUGGACCAACGUGAUACCAGAGAAGGAAUUGGUGGUGGUUUGCUUUAUGUGUAUGACGUUGACGCACUGGACAGGAAAAAAAAUGCUACAGUGAUCGAUCUUGCUGAAGCUGCAGAGGCUGCUGCUUGCCCCAUUGCCAGAAGGCCUCACAUGAUGUCUGCAUUCGACGUGUUUUACAGCAUGAAGUACGUUGUCAUUAGCAACGUCGGCAGUGGAGACAUUCAGGUGCUGGACACAAAGACUAAGAAGAUUAUUGCGUGUUUGAGGACACUGAAAAACGGCUCACUGGGAGGGUCUGUUCAGAAUCAUUAUGCUGAGUUUACUAUUGACGGCAAGUACAUAAUUGUUGUGGACAUUGGAGGUCGUGAUCUCGACUCUCAGCUGCAAUCAGGAUACCUCCACACUGUCAAAUUUGAUUGUGUAAGCUCUGAAUGUACACUGACUUUAAUUCACUCUCUUGCACUCUCUAAAUACACUGAGCAGCUACAAACCACACUGGCACGGCCAAUAUGUGGAGGAUUUGAUCCACGCUGUAGCUGUCAUUAUUUCUAUCUUACUCUUUCUGAAGGUGGCUUUAUUAUUGCAAACUUUACUGGCCACUCUAUGGAGGUUCUUCGAGCUUACGGCAAGGAGGUGGUGAAGGGGAAUGGGUGCGGAGGGGCACGUCGUUUCCGGCAUCAGAAUUCAAUGAUCACGAACGCGGCGACUACGGGGAGGAUAGAUGCUGAAGACUACUUGUACUUGUGGAACACAGUAGAUGCGUGCCGGACUAGAAACGCCAGUGAAUGGAAAGACCCCGUAGAGUUAGAGCUGCCCAAGCAUACUAAAGUGAAGGAUCCAACGUACGACAACACACCAUAUGGAAACAUCCCUUUGGGUGACACGCACGGGGUUGCCACAUGCGUGCCAAAACAUGGUGGUAAAGAGAUGUUGCUCACUUUCAUGCGCUUGUCGAACGAGGUCUUCUUGGUGGAUCCGUAUCAACAGAAGAUUGUCAAAAGAAAGUCAUUGGCCAACCACGCGUAUGCUCCCAAUCCUACACCCGAUAUAGCUACUCUGUUGGCCGAGGGUGGAGAUAGAAUUUGCUUUACAAUGCGAGGAACUCAUCCUGUCUCUGUAAUCAACAAAUUUGUCCAUUCCGCCCGAACCCCAGGCAUCAUGUGUCUUCAUAUGGCUGAAGAUUGUCGUGAUUUCACGUUAACUCAGGAUGAUUUCUAUCCAACUGCUAACGAAAAGUACUAUGACGUCUCUUCCGAUCCUCAUUCCAUUCUUCUUGUGGUCUAUGAACAGGAUCAAGCAGAGCCGUCUUCCGAGGAAAUGCGCGAAGACGAAAUACUUGACUAGAAGGACACAUUGCUAUAGACAAUGAGCGAGUGUAGUAAUGAUGAGAGCAAAUAUGAUAGAGAAGACUGUAUUGCUCGGUAAACUGUUAGCAUUCACUGUUUGUUGUGUGUCACUUUUAGUUAGCAUUGUAGCUAGGCAACAAUUAAUUAGAGUGCUUUAGAAACGCAGAUCUUGUCGAAUGAGG